AUGGAGAUUCUGUUCUUAUCUCUCUUAAUAACAUUUUUAUGCUAUGGUUUGUUCUGUUUGUAUAAUUUAAUCCAUGAAAUUAGAGGCCAAUCGUGCUACUUACUAGCAUAUGAAUGCUUCAAGCCCCCAGAAGACACAAAACUUGACAGAGACACAUGUGUGAGAAUCAUCCGUAGGAACAAGAAUCUUGGUCUGCAAGAGUACAAGUUCCUCUUGAAAGCAAUGGCCAAGUCCGGGAUUGGGGAGCACACUUAUGCGCCGAGGAGUGUGAUUGAGGGAAGAGAAGAGUGUGCCACAAUUGAAGAUUCAUUGAAGGAAGUUGAUGAGAUCAUGUUUGAGACACUUGAGAGGAUCUUCAAGAGGACUGGGUUUUCUCCUGUUCAGAUUGAUAUUCUUGUGGUUAAUAUAACGGUUUUCUCUUCAGUUUCUUCCUUUGCAGCUCGCAUCAUAAACAGGUACAAAUUGAGGGAUGAUAUUAAGGUCUUCAACCUGAGCGGGACAGGUUGCAGCGGAAGCAUAGUAGCCAUAGAUUUGGUGCAUCGUCUUCUGAAGACGAUGCACAAGAACUGCCUCGCCGUUGUGGUGAGUACAGAGUGCCUCAGCCAGUCAUGGUACUGCGGCAAGGUAACAUCCAUGAUGCUAUCUAACUGUCUGUUUCGCUCCGGCGGUGGCUGCUUGCUCCUCACUAACAACCCCUCCCUGAAGCCAAACGCAAUUCUGAGGCUAAAGCAUGUGGAAAGAACCCACCUUGGAGCAAGUGAUGAAGCUUACGGUUCUGCCAUGAUGGUGGAAGAUGAACAAGGGCACCAAGGAAUCUACCUAAAGAAGAGUGUCCCCAAAGCUGCCUCUGAAGCCUUGAAGGUGAACCUCAAAAUAAUGGUGCCUAAGAUUUUACCAUUAUGGGAAAUUGUGUGCUAUUUCACUGUGUCCAUCUACCAUUCAACAAUGAAAAGGGGAAAUAAUAACAAAGGUUUGAAUUUCAAGUCAGGGAUAGAACAUUUUUGUGUGCACCCUGGAGGAAGAGCAGUGAUUGAUGAAAUUAGUAAGGGUCUUGGGCUAAAUGACUAUGAUAUUGAGCCAUCAAGAAUGACAAUUCACCGUUGGGGCAACACAUCUUCAAGUGGGGUAUGGUAUGUUUUGAGUUACAUGGAAGCAAAAAAGAGGCUUAAGAAAGGUGAUAGGGUUCUUAUGAUUGGGCUUGGGUCAGGGUUUAAGUGUUGUAGCUGUGUUUGGGAAGUUAUGAGGGAUUUGGAGGGUAAUGUUGGUAAUAAUGUGUGGAUGGAUUGCAUUGAUAAUUAUCCUCCAAAUAAAUUAGGUACCAUCUUUGUCAAUGACGAUCAAAUUUUAGCUAGCAUCAAAAGUGGGUAAAAAUAGAACUCACUAUGAAAGGAAAAUGUAAUAAC